AUGGCCAAUUGUCCAUAUCCGAUUCAUUAUCAAAAUGAAUCAUUGCCAUCCUCAUCGUCGUCAAUUUCGUCUCCUACAACGUUUGUUUGUUCAUCACCGUCAUUCAUUUCAUGCAACAAAAAUGAAAAACCAAAAAAACGUUGGCAAUUAUCGUCGUCAUCAUCAUCAUCAUCAACAGCAGUACCAGCAACAAUAGAAGCAUCAGUGAUAGAUAACAAUGAUAAAACAACUCUGACAAAUUCCACAUUUUUUUUAGAUCCAUUACAAUGGAAACAUCAAAGUGUUUUAAUUUUUUAUGAUCAUCGUUACCAUAUGUCAACAAUAAUUGACAUUAAUUGUUCAAUAAUUGAUAUUGAACUACGAAAAUCAAUUAAUAAUAAAUCACAAAUGAAAUUCUUUUGUGAUUUUUUUAAACAAAAUUUAUCACCAACACCAAUCGUUAUUUUAGAUAAUAUACCAGCAUGUAAUGAUUUAAUAAUAAAUACUCCAGUUUGUGUAAGAAUUAAACCGACAAAUUCUUAUUUUAUAUGUGGAAUUAUUGAAGAAAAACAUCCAACACGUCUAGAAUUUUUAGUAAAAUUUAUUGACGAAGAUGAACAACAACAACAACGAUGGUUUACACGACAAAAUAUUCGAUUAUUAAUUGAACCAUGGCAUGAAGAAUUAAGGUUAUUUAGAGAAAAUAUAUUAACUGUAGUAGAUAAUAAUAAAACAAUACAAGAAGACAAAAGUAUUAUUGACGGCGACUAUGACGAAGAAGUAGAAGAAAAAUUAAAAAAACCAACAGAAUUAAAUCAAAAUUUAACAAAUGAUGAGCCUAAUUCUUCUAUUGAGUCAACCAUUGGUUUACGUUCAAUAUCUUCUUCAUCCUCGUGUACUACAUCAUCGAUUGCAUCGUGUGCCGUGCCAUCAACACCAACAACACCAAAUGAUUAUUUAAAGUCAUCGUUUUUAACACCUCCACCAUUAAACGAUGAUACAUCAAAUGAAGAUUUACAAGAAAUUGACCAACAACAUUCAAAACAACAACCGACUCAGCAAAAUUAUCAAAAAGGUGAUAUAUUUGAAAUGUCAAGUGGUAUACGUAAAAAAUUUAAUGGAAAACAAUGGAGACGUUUAUGUGGUGUUGAAAAUUGUCAAAAAGAAUCACAAAGACAUGGUUAUUGUUCAAAACAUUUGUCACAAAUGAGAGAACCACAUUUACAACGUUUUAGCAAUAAUUUACAUCAUCAAUAUUCUUCACCAUCACAUCAUUCAUUACAAAAUAUGCCUUCUGUUUUGAGUAUGACCGAUUAUUAUCACCGAAUAAAUGGAACAAAUUCAUUAUUUGCCGUAGCACCAUUAAAACCCAUACAUCCACAACAUCAAUUUGAUUUAUCGCCUGCACUUGUUCCACAAGUACCAUCGCCUCAUCUCUCGCAUUCAUUAUUCUCACGUUCAUAUUCAUUACAAAAACCACAACUACUAGUCAAUGAUCAUUUGUUUCCAUCAUCCAUACCGCAUACAAGUGCAUUUGUACCACUCUCAUCAAAUUAUGAACAUACACUACAUUAUUCUCAACACGAUAUGUUUCAAACAAAUCGAUCUUAUUCAUCAUCUCCACAACUUCAUUCAUCAUCUCAUACACAUUCCAGAAAUAAUAAUACGAGAGAUUUUAAAUCAACAUCACCUCAUGUACCAUCGGGUUCAUGUUCUUCCUCCUCUUCAUCAUCAUCACCACCGACGCUUUCAUCAACAACAAUCUUAGAAAAGUCAUCAGUAGAGAAACAGCAAUCAACAGAAAUCGUUUCUUCGAGUCGAAUAACAGAGGAUGAUAAUGAUUCAGAAAUUGAAGUUGAUGUCAGUGAUGAUAAUCAAGGAAUAAAUCAAGAACCUCAAACGAAAGAAGCAAUUGUAAAUGACGCAAGUAAAUUAUCAUCGUCAUCAUCAUCAUCAACGAGUUCUCCAGUGUCAACAACUGCAUUACCAAGGUCAUCGAACGAUGAAUCUAUCAAGCGUCGUUCGAAAAAUGACACCAUAAUAAAUGAGAAUAUAUCUAAAAAGAAGUUAAAGCAAGAACUUUUAUCACCAUUAUCCUGUCGUUCUGAUAAAGAUUGUGAUGUUUCUGCACCUCACCAAUCCAUGUACACAACGUCACAACAGCAGACAUUAUGGUACGAUUUAUUACCAAAAUUUUCAAUUCAUUCAAUAAAAUCACAAGAAUGUGUUUCAUUUAAUAAUUCAAGAACAGAUGAUCAUCAUCAUCAAAAUUGUUUAACAAGUCAAAACUGUACCGAAUGCAAUGAGCCUACAAUAUUAGAAAAUCAACUAUUUUACACAAACACCAACAAUAAUAAUCAUCAUUUAGCUAAAGAAAAUCAUGUGAACAUUAUCAAAUAA